UACUCCGGAAAAUGUCACUCGGCAAACGUCUCCGGCUCGACGAAGUCAUUACUUCAAUGCCGGAGCUUGGUCCAACGUUACCCGACGGUGGCUUCUCCUGGAUCGUUCUCGUCGGCGUCAUGGCCAUUCAGAUGACUGUACCAAGUAUAUCGUCGAUGUACGGUGUAGUUUUGGGAUACAUGGUAAGAGACGAUACUCCGGACUUUGACAUGUGGACGAAGAAGAUCGCCCUGACGCCGAUACUGUUUACAGCCUUUUGGAGCAUAGCAGAUCCCUGGACGCGAAUAAUCGUCAAGCUGGCAUCGGUGCCGCGGCUCAUCGGUCUCGUGGGAGUUUCGUUGCUGUCGGUCGGCGUUUUGGCGUCGGGUUAUUUGGCGAGCGGUGGAGUGGGCGCUUAUUUGGCAGGAAUGAGCGCCGGAGCGGUGAUGGGGAUCGGGGCGAGUUUCGUGCUCGUCCAGAGCGAGAACGUGCUGCGAAGACACUUCAGAACGCGUCUGAGAUUGGCAUUGACGCUGCGCAGCUUGGCUCUGAGCGCGGGUCUCGUUUUGGCGCCAGGAUUCGCGCUGGCUUUGCUCUCCGAGUCUGGCUUGCACAUGGGCUUGCUCAUGAUGGCGUGCGUUUUCACGCCGACGGCCCUGGGAACGAUGGCUCUCCGCUCGCCGAAUCUGCGAUCCUGCUCGUCCCCGUACUCGCUCCUCUUGAGCGAGGAGGACAACGAACUGACUCCCCGGAGGAAUCCUAACGUCGCUCGCGACUCGCAACCGGCAGAAACUUCGGUGAACUCUGGCGACGCGAUUUACGAAAUCGCUGAGGAGGCUUCCGCCAAAGGAGAAGAUCCGCCGUCGCUCUUCUCCCAGGGAAAUAACGCCUUCAACUACCAAGACCCCGACGACGAUCUCGACCUCUUCGUCGCCCCUGCACUCAAGUCCAUUCACUUCACGUGGAAACAGGAAUUCCAAGUUUUUCGAUCCCUCAAAUUUUGGCUCGGUACCGCAGCCUGUCUCGGGGCCAGGCUCGGAGCUCUUUUCCUGUGGAUUCUUCUGCCCAGUUUAACCGUCACGAGGAUCGAAGAUGCUGACCUCUCCGAUGGGGCGAGCCUCUCCAUCGUCGCUGGGAUCGGGACUCUCGUACCGAAUGCCGCGGCCUACUGGAGACCGAGCACCGCGAGAUGGAGGAGCUUGGCUUUCGGCGGCUCGUCUUGGCUCGGAGCUUUUGUCCUCUUCGGGCUUUCGUACAACUUUAGCUACCCCGGCCUCGCGAUUCUCGCGUUCGCCGGUGGCGUUGCCGUCGGCGGUUCGGCGGUCAGCGUCGAGUCAGCGCUGCAAGACACUUUGGGAGAUCAACCAGCCAGAAAAGCUCACACGAUCCUCUCCACUCUCGUCGGACUCGCUAUUCUCCUGUUCUCGUUUAUUCAAAGUCCUUCUCUCUGCCUCCAAUUGGCGGCUCUUUCACAGUGUGUCGGAGGAGCUUACUGGGUGAUAGUGCCCUGUCUGGGCUCGAUCCGGGCUCGGUGAUCGCUUGUCAUCGGGCUGUUAAGUGACUCGCGAAGGUGCAGGAGCAGUCUAUACCUACGUUAAGAAUGCAUUUGUAACGUUUUUUACGAGAUUCGUGAAAUAUUGUAAAGAAUACGAAGCGAAGAAAGAAGAACUGUUGUAACAGUAGUUU